UGACCGCGUCAGUGCGCAGGGCGGCCGACGAUCGAGGUUGACGUUGCGGGCGCAGUGUUUUCACGACGAUCAUUUUCACGUGGCAGCCGAAGAACGCGCGGGAACCGGACGAUAUGACAGUCUGAGCUGCGACGCAUCAGGUUCCGACGCACGGCAAGCUCUUCCUCGCGAACACCCGUAACCGCGCGCCUCGCCGAAAUGCCGGACAUGACGGACGAGGAGGAGAACUUUUGCAAGAAAAUGGCAAAAGCCACCAGGGGAAGGCACGCCGUCAGCGAUGCCCUGGUGAACGCGAAACUGGCGUUCGGGUUUCUCGACGACUCUGUAUGGGCUGACGGGCUUCUGGUUUUCUACGAGAUCUUUCGCUACCUGGAAGGUGCCAUGAUUAGAUUAAAGAACACGAAAAUCGGAUUGCUUCCACUCAGUGAACUCCAACGUACAGAAGCUUUCGAGCGUGAUCUCGAUCACUACUUAGGGAAGGAAUGGAGAAAAAAUUAUAGUCCUAGGGACAGUGUCGCCAAGUAUCUGAUGCGUCUGAGAGAAGUGGAAGACACGGAUCCCACCUUACUGAUGGCAUACAUUUACCAUCUCUACAUGGGUCUGCUGAGCGGUGGUCUUAUCCUGCGCAAAAAGCGGCAGCUCAUGCAAAAGAUCUCACCCUUCAAGGCGCCAGCGACGAGUGAUGGUAACAACGUCACGGAUUUUGGGGAACAGAACAGUAUAUUCCAAUUGAAGCACGAUCUGCGCGAAUCGAUGAACAGAAUCGCGAAGACGUUGGACGAGGACACGAAAAAUAAACUUAUCGAAGAAAGUAAAAUAGUCUUUGAAUUGAAUAACGAAAUUAUCAGAAGCGUACAGACGCAUAGUAGCGCCUUCGAGUUCUCUUUCGUCAGGCAAGUUAUACUGGUCCUCGUUGUCCUGACAAUCGUCCUCACUAUCCUCUUCAAGUACGUUUUACGUUAAUAAAUUUACAUUAAUUUAAUUAACGUUACCUUAACAUCAAUUUGUUAAAAGGGAUAUACAAGAGACCUUCGUACGGCCGAAAAAUGCUGAUAUCAAAAUCGAGAUGUACAAUGUCAUGUUAUUUAUGCGCUGUAAUCGCCUUUCUAUAGCUAUAAUUAACGCUAAUUCUUACGAUUACUUACUCGUACGACACAAGGAUAACCCGUUUGUCUUAAGGUUUUACCAUCACAUCGUAAGUAAUGAAUUCGAUUACAAUGCGAUAAGAAAGUGACAAAUUCUAAUCCAGAUUUAUGAAAUUCGACUUGAAGUAAGCUUAAGAGUUUGUUUGCACUUGAGAUUUGAGGCUUCUAAGAGUUUUUAAUACGGCUCUUACGUGUAAUUACAAUCCGAUUGGCUUUCGGGUUGAAAAGCCGCCGAUUUUUGGUUGAAUCAGAUUGCUUCACUUCCUUGCGGAGUGAAUUAAAUCUUCACGAAAAUGUUAAAAACUUAAAAAAAAAACAGCGACUCCAACUUGGAAGUCCAAUCCAAUUGUUAUCUUGUUUGCAGCUUGCACGCGACUCUCCUGAACAAGAAAAACCUGUCUUGUCUCGUUCUUACAGGCGACUCUGUAAUCAGUUACUACACAAUAUCAAAUCCAAAAUA